UGCAUUUGAAAAUCGUGCUCACAGUCACGUUGCGGCAUGGUAAAAAUAGGGAACAUCGGUAUCAUCAAUUUAUACGAUCUAAAACGGUAGCUAGAACGUCAAAUAAUCCGAAAUACAAUAGAAGGCACUGAAGUUAAAUAUUUAAAGUGUGCUUCAACUAUAAAUUACAUGCAACAAAUAAUGUUAAUUAAACCUCUUUCUCUUUUAAACUUGAUGUGGUGUCUUUGUUUCGCCCCAAAAAAAUAUUCUUUUUUCUCAUCAAAUAUUUCGAUGAAGUUCAAUCAGACGAAAGGAAUUGAGUGGAGAAGAAAAUGUGGAUUUUAACUAUUUCUCCAAUGCUCUUCAACAUUAUUUUCAACAACUUUUAAUUCUUCUCAACAAAAACGUUACACAUUCUGAUUUUGGUGGGAUUUUUAUAGUUUUUGUAUAAAUAAUAAAUAUGCGCCAAUUUUCUCUAUGAUUUUCAUAAACAGCGCUUCAAAAUAGAAGCGAAUACCAAUCUAUCAAAAAUCGGAGAUAAGAACUAUUCGGAAUCUUGUUCUGAAUUUCUUUCCGCCCUGAGGGAAAUUCUGUGUUCUGGUUACAACUCAGGUGUUUAACUACUGUAAUCCUGUCGCACCAAAAUCUUCGAACCACAAUAAUAUUUUCAUUUCAAAAAUGACAAUGACUAGCUGGAUAACCGCGACUCUUUGCUUCAUUUUAAUGACUAUGCUCAUCACUAUAGGAGAAGCAAAAGAUUCUGAUCCAGCAUGAACAGCUGAAGGCCUUUGUCUCAUGGAAACGGCCGACUGAUCUAAACCUCCUUGCUCAUCAUCGGCCAAAUGCUUAUCUGGAUGAAAAUAAAAAUAUACUUUUUUGUUGUAAUUAUUCGAAAUCGGACCUUGCCAACUUCCUGCGAGGCCUGUGUUGAUUGGUUGGUGUCAACAGACGAGCUGCAAUGGAGUCUUCCGCCUAUGCGUGCCUUUCGUGGUAGAAUACGUCCAGCCAAUAGGUUCUGCCCUAAGGACCACGAGGGUUGCUAUUGGUUGUGCGUGCGCCAUUUAUAAUGUGGCUACCAGCCUCCCAUCUCAUGCCAGUGCGUGGUCGAUUGUUCAAGUGGUGUUGCAGGGAUGUUUUGUGUCUGCUACGAUGUUCCAUCCGGUGCUGCCACUCGCUAAUGGUCGCCGAACUAACUCCUGGUUUCGAAAUAUCCUCAGGUAUGCCACCCAAAGAAAGGGACUUUCUGUCACGUGUGGGGAUGUCUAACAAUGAUUCGAAUUAUGAAGAAUUGAGUUUACAGUUAAACUCUUCACCUAAUCGCGGAUCAAAAACUCAUCAUAAUCCCUCGAUUCGUCGCUCUGGAACUUCUUCUUCCUCUUCUUCCUCUGAAAGGAGCCCUCCUUCCCUCGAGCUUUCUCUUCGUGUGGGGUCCAAGUCUCCUCCCACUAUACCACCUUCUUCUGUGGAGCCAUGUCUUCGGAUCAGAUCUAGGUCUCCUUCUGCCAGGCAUGAAUAUUCUCUUGGACUUGAGCAUAUUCGGCUUAUUCCCCACUCCAAUCCGCACCAGCGAUUCGAAAUUAGAAAAUACACUUUUCCUCCUGAUAAGCCAAUUCAAUUACGCGGAAAAAUAAAUAAUACAUUUAAGCCCAUGACUACCAAUGAACAACAUGUUUUGACAACAUCCACAGGUGACGUUGUUGCAAUAUUGGUGGGGACUACACACCUUCGUGGAAUAUAUUCAAAAGGAGAUUUAAUUGAACAACGGGUGAAAAUAAAUAUGUACAGCGGUCUGGUUGAAGAUAUGACUUCAGCAGAAAUCCAGGAUUCUCCCAUUGGACAGCGCUUCCCAAUCUUAAAUAAUUUUAGAAUUGUAAAUGUGAAAGACAUUUGUCCACAUUCUUAGUCAAAUUUGAAGAACAGUAAAACCCAAGCAAGAAAUUAUAUGUAAUCCGCAGUAGGAUUAAAUUAUUAUAAAUAAUGUACCGGUUUUUUAUCGAAGAAUCAAUAAUUUUUCGGAAAUAUAAAUGUUUAAUAAAAUUUA